CAACUGAACCAAUUAAAAUCAAGAUAUCUGAUCUAAUUGCCACUGGAUGCUCUGGCUGUACUUGGGAAUCUGCAAAAUCAUCUCUUAUUUUUCCAAACCAAGCUGUUGUCAUGAUGCAUUCACUUGGGUUGUGUCCAUGAUCCGCGGUUUCCUCGUCCUCCAUCAGUGUUGAUUUCAGCAUCAGCAGCAGGUCACCAUGAGAAUGAGACUGAAGCUGAAGACUGUGUUUGUCCUGUACUUCAUGGUGUCACUACUAGGACUCAUCUAUGCGCUGAUGCAGUUGGGUCAGCGCUGUGACUGCAGAGGUCAUGCCAUGUCUAAAGAUCAGCAGAUCUCUCAGCUGAGAGGAGAGCUGCAGAAGCUGCAGGAACACAUCAAAACAUCAGAGCUGUCUAAGAAGACUGAUGUGCCCAAAAUUUAUGUGAUAACGCCCACAUAUGCAAGGUAUGUAGACAGCUUUUGCAAGAUUACAGUAGUGCAGUAA